GAUCCAGAUUGGAGGAAUUCGCUACGAGCAAGCCAUGCAGUGCCUUCUUGUUGGCCUGGUGCUGCUGGCAGCGACAACGCAAUGUGUCUCUCGCUCCGUCUCGGUGUAUGAUGCGAAGGGACUCUUCGCCGACCGCCUGACUCAAGAGGACCGCGCUCGUCUACUGAAGUGUCCGUGCAGCUCUGCGUCUCUGUGUCUACCUGUCGAUUUCGCUGGCAAAAAGACACGGAAGGAGAUAUUCGCUUUUUCAGUAGCGACUGAUGACCGCUGGAAACAGUACGACUGGGAGCAGCUCACGACGGUGGCCUGGAACGAAGACAAGGAGUUGCUGUGUCACGCGCACAGCAAAGGCGUGAAGAUCGUGGUGAAGCACAACUUUGACGAUGUAAACCAACUCUGCAACGUCAGCGCGCGACAGGAAUGGAUCAAGGUUCAGUGUCAAUGUACUUCAUUGAGAGCAACUGCUUGUAGUGCGCCUAUUGAAUGCUGUGAUUGUGUUUUACAGACAACGUACAAUAUGAUUGUUGAGAACUACGCGGACGGUGUUAACAUCGAUACGGAGAAGCCUAUGCAUGGAGAAACUUCGAAGUGCCUCGCCUCGCUCGUGCACGAGCUGCGUCAUGAGCUAGAACAGCAUGCCUUAACGCAGAACGCGCAGAUCACGUUUGACGUACCCUGGGCUCCUCGAGGCGUGGAUGGCCGCUACUAUCCAUGGAGUGAACUUGCCGCCGCCUCGGACUUUCUGUUCGUUAUGUCAUAUGACAUGCGCAGUCAAAUAUAUGACGCCUGCGUUGCAGGUGCCAAUUCUCCCUUGGCGCUGGUGAAGCAAGGGCUACAAGAGUUCCUAUUCGCGAACGACAUUGCACCGAGCAAGUUGGUGCUCGGUGUCCCAUGGUAUGGGUACCGCUACCCAUGCUUACAGGAGCAACAGGGCGCCGCAGCAAUUGACGACGCGUCGUGGUGCCAGAUCCGACCGGUACCCUUCUUCGGUGCCCCCUGCAGUGACGCGGCUGGUGGACAAAUUGACUAUGGUGACAUCCGACGACUGGUGAAGAGCCACGGGCUCCUGGAGCAAUGGGAUCCGACAACACUGACCCCGUUCGUGUGGUAUUCGCCACCGGAGGGCGGACGGUACCAGAUUUGGUUUGACAACCCGCGCAGUCUCAAAGCCAAGUACGCACUUGUGUGCGAACUUGGACUACGCGGUGUGGGCAUGUGGAAUGCAGACACUUUAGACUACACUGCGGUUAACGACUCUCAGACCAUGUGGAGCUCGCUGGCUGAGGCGCUGCAACCGUGAAUGGCUCCAGCAGCCAAAAGGCAUGGAGCUGGUAAAUAUCCUGAUUUCGUUGCAGUUGUGUGAAAACAUGUCCCGCAUGAUUUCUCGAUAGUUUCCACGUUUCUAUCGGCGUAUGCCACACGAUAGCGCGCAUCUUGCAAAAGCGAAACGGCCGUUUUCGACCGAAUCCUGCACGAAAGCGACAAGAAAGAAGCCUGCAUGACAUUUGUAUAUAUUCAGCAAUAUAUUCCUCGCUUAUAGUACCAGUAA